GGCUCAUCUCUUGCAUCUGUCACACUGCACAAAAGCAAAAUCAAUCUUCUGGAGUAGCUAGCUACUCUGCUAGAUAGUGUACUGUCAAAGCUAGCUUGGAGAUCCCGUGAGAGUUUGUGCAAGUUGCAAGAUGGUUAAGCAAAAGAUUGUCCUCAAGUUGGCUCUGGAUGAUGAGAGGAAGAGGAGGAAGGCCUUCAAGGCUGCCGUUGGCAUGUCAGGCGUGACAUCCGCGACGAUGGAGGGGGACAAGAUCAUCAUCGUCGGGGACGGCGUCGACCCGAUCACGCUGACCACGAUGCUCCGGCGCAGCCUGGGCUACGCAGAGCUCCUCAGCGUGUCCUCCGGUGACGACAAGAAGAAGGACGGCUACGGCGCCGCCUACGGGUACGGCGGCAGCGAGAAGAAGGACGGCUACGGCGCAGCCUAUGGGUACGGCGGCGGCGAGAAGAAGAAGGACGGCUACGGGUACGGCGGCGCCGACAGCAGCGGGAGUGGCAUGAGCUUCGGCGGCAAGGAGGGUGGCGGCUCCAAAGGUGGCGGAGGCGGCGGCGGAUACUCUCAGAACGCGGUUGCGCCGGUCAUGUACCCCGCGUAUCAGCAGUACAACGCCAUGGCGUCCUACCCGGUUUACUCGUCCUACCCUGCUCCUCCUGCUUAUCAGCAUCAAGAACAGGAUCCCGGCUGCAGCAUUAUGUAGUACGUACUGUACUACUGUAGUAUACUUGUUAAUUAAGGAGAGAUGAUACGUCGGCGAGAUCCGGAUAGUUGCGAGCGGUGUCCAGGCCAUGAUUUUGAUGGCCUGACCCAAAAGUUGCCGGAGAGAGCAGAGAGAUGCUGGCUCCCUGAGCACUGAGUAGUACGUACUCUACAUAUGUACAGUACAGGUUGGUUGGAUCAGCAAUGGUGGUUUGCAGGGUGGUAACAGAUUGUACAGGAGGAAUGAAUAAAAGGAAACUCAGGUGUUUGCAAGAAACGCAGCACAAGAUGCAGAAUUA